AUGCCUAUGCUUAAAGAUCCCUCCAAAAAAUACAAGCGAUUCAAACCGCUAAACCUGCCUGACCGACAAUGGCCGAACAAAACCAUCGACAAGCCUCCCCGCUGGCUUGCCACCGAUCUGAGAGAUGGGAACCAGAGCUUGGUAGAUCCCAUGGAUGGAGACCAAAAAUUUAAAUAUUUUAAUAUGCUAGUUGAACUUGGUUACAAAGAGAUUGAGGUAUCGUUCCCGUCCGCAUCGCAAACCGAUUUCGAUUUCACUCGCAGACUCGUCGAGACGCCCGGCGUGGUACCUGAUGAUGUCUGGCUCCAAGUCCUUUCCCCAUGCCGAGAGGAUCUUAUUCGACGCACCGUCGAUUCCCUGAAAGGUUCCAAGAAAGCUAUCCUACAUCUCUACCUUGCCACGAGCGAUUGUUUUCGCCGCAUUGUUUUCGGAAUGACCAAAGAACAAAGUCUGGCAUUGGCUGUCAAGUGCACAAAAUACGCUCGCUCGAUUACCAAGGACGACCCCUCUACCGCUGGAACAGAGUGGCAAUACGAGUUUUCCCCCGAAACGUUUUCUGACACAGAUCCCGAGUAUAUUGUACAGGUAUGCGAGGCAGUCAAGGCCGCCUGGGGACCUACAGAGGAACACCCCAUGAUUUUCAAUCUCCCCGCAACAGUGGAAAUGUCGACCCCCAAUGUCUAUGCUGAUCAAAUCGAAUUCUUCUGUCGCAACAUGACUGAACGCAAGACAUUCGCUGUCUCCCUGCACCCCCACAACGACCGUGGUUGCGCAGUUGCUGCCGCUGAACUUGCACAAAUGGCUGGCGCCGAUCGUGUUGAGGGCACCCUGUUCGGCAACGGAGAGAGAACCGGCAAUGUCGAUUUGGUCACCCUGGCACUCAAUCUUUAUACCCAAGGAAUUCACCCUAAUAUUGACUUCUCUGAUUUGAAUUCGGUCAUCAAGGUCGUUGAAGAGAGUAAUAAAAUCCCUGUCAAUGAACGAUGGCCUUAUGGUGGCCAGCUAGUGGUCUGUGCAUUCAGUGGUAGCCAUCAAGACGCAAUUAAGAAGGGCUUUGUUGCUCGCGAUGCCGCUGGUGCUGACGUUAAUGACCAAUGGGAGAUACCAUAUCUGCCCUUGGAUCCUCAGGAUAUUGGACGCACAUACGAGGCUGUUAUUCGAGUCAAUUCCCAAAGUGGUAAAGGCGGUGCUGCAUGGAUUAUUCUUAAAUCUCUGGAGCUUGACCUUCCUCGCGGACUGCAAGUUGAGUUCGCCCGAAUCGUCCAAAGCGAAACGGAAAGAGUCAGUCGUGAACUUCGUCCGAGCGAGAUUGUCGACUUGUUUGAAAACGCAUAUCAUCUCAAGACGAACCCUCGGUUCACUUUGAUUGAUUACAACAUCACGACCGAUCGAUCACAGUCUCCCGCAGUACCAGAGCCUGGCAAAGCACCGAACACACGAAACUUGAAACGUCGGUUUACGGGUAUCAUUGAAAUCGACGGGAUUCAGCACCCCAUCACCGGUGUCGGUUCCGGUGCUAUUUCGUCCUUGGCGAAUGCACUGUCUAGUCUGGGUAUUGAUCUUGAUGUCCAGGAUUACAAGGAGCACUCGGUCGGUAUUGGCAGGGAGACGCGCGCCGCUACUUACAUCCAGUGCACAAAUGCUGGGUCGCGAGACGUCGUCUGGGGUGUUGGUAUUCACCAAGAUGUCGUCCAAGCCAGCCUGAUCGCCCUUUUGAGCGCUGCUAGCUCGUUCCUUACAUCUCGCGCCGGAUCGCCAGCACCUUUCCGUCCUGUGCGUUCCAACACCAUGACUGACGAUGAUCUGCAAGCCAUCGAACAGCUUUCAGCCACGAUUCCACGUCCCGAUGCCAAAGAAAAAGCAGACACCGCCGGAGUUCUCAACAAGCAAAAGGUUGACGUCGAGGAACUCGAAAAGCGGGUUGAGGCCUUGUAA